AUGGCCUUCCCACCAACUUCUCAAGCAUUCAUGUUUAACACUCAUGAAGAAGUUCAUCACCACUUCCCUUCAACCUCCCUCAAUGCUCUCCCCUCUUUGCCACCCCAACACUUUCAAGGUGGUGCACCUUUCGUGUUGAAGCGAUCCAUGUCGUUUUCAGGGAUUGAAAACAAGUGUGAUGAUGGAGAGGAGGAGUUAUCAGAUGAUGGGUUGUUGCAGUGUGGAGAGAAAAAGAAGAGGUUGAAUUUAGAACAGGUGAAGGCUCUUGAGAAGAGUUUUGAGUUGGGAAACAAGCUUGAGCCAGAAAGGAAAGACCAACUGGCUAAGGCUUUGGGCUUGCAACCAAGACAAAUCGCCAUUUGGUUUCAGAAUAGGAGGGCAAGGUGGAAAACCAAGCAAUUGGAGAAGGAAUAUAAACUCCUCAAGAUGCACUUUGAAGCCGUUAAGGCUGAAAAUGAGGCUCUUAAGGCUCAGAACAAGAAAUUACACGCAGAGUUACAAGCUCUAAAGGGUAGGGAUUGGUGUGAAGCUGGAACAAUCAAGAAAGAAGCUGAGUGUUCUUGGAGCAAUGGAAGUGAUAACAGUUCAGACAUUAACUUAGAUCUCUCAAGAACACCGGUUUUAAACAGUCAUGUAUCUUUUCAGAAGGAUAAAAGCCUUCUACCCUCUUCCUUGAAGCCCACCAGCAUGACCCAAUUCCUUCAGGAUGAAGGCUUCUGCAACAUGUUUCACAACAUUGAUGAGCAACAAAACUUUUGGCCUUGGCCUGAUCAGGAGCAUCAUUUCCAUUGA